AUGUCUCGCAGACAGUUGAGCGCCAGCGAUCGGACUGAUGCUUCUGUGUCCUCGCUCUCAGAAUCAAUCAAUAAUAUGGCCAUCGCGAGUCUCCAACUGCGACACUUCGAGGAGCUCGGCAGGGGACAAUGUGGUACGGUGUACGGUUUGCUCGGCAGCCCCGACAUCGCGAAGCUGGCCAACGCCCAUGCAAAGGUCGGUGAACUGCUUACCGACUACCGCAUGCAUCACACGAUUCAGCUCGCAAUGCAGAAGCAUGACCCAAGCCACGAAAUCAGCGCCAGGCUCCCCAAACUCGGUGCUUGGCACGAUAAUAAAUCGAGAUUUUGGGCCGAAUACGGACUUCUCUUUGAUUCCCACGUCAAAGUUAGAGAAUCCGCGUUGAUGUCAGAGCGUGUGCUCCCCGCCCCCCUCUCUGUCAGGGAGGCACUUGUCGACGCUCUCUUGCCCAUGACCAUUAGUCGUCAAAAGGAGGCUUUCCUCGCCAAACCCGAGAACAAGAACUGCCUGAUCCGUAUGUAUCUUGGCAGGCGUCACACGACCAGGAAGCAGGACAGAAUUCACAACCUGAAGCUACAGAACUUCCCCCUCCAUGUCAAUGAGAUGGAGGAGCUGGGUCUCGACACGGCCCACUUUGCGAGCGUCAUGGCCAAUACUUUGGCUAUCGUACACUGGGGCGCAAUGGUAGACGGCAAUGAUGUCGAGUUUGUCUUAGGAAGCUCUCCCGCACAGGUUAGACACCCGGAGAAUGUUAUGACCAUGACCUCGCGUCAGCUGUGCGAGGCCACCAAUUUCGAGUUCAACCACCGAUCUAUGGAAAUGUGGGUAAUCGACUUCAACCAGUGUACCCUGAUCCAGGAUGAUCAAGCCGGCAUCGACAAGCUUGUCAAGGCUUUCAUCUUCAACGAUCCUUACUACCCUCGACCGAACCAGUCGGACGACCGCGACAAGGAACUCUGGGCCAUUUUUCGCAACGACUAUCUCAGAACGAGCCAUAUGCUCACGGAGGGCUCUGGCCCGGACACGUUUAUUACACGCGUGGAGAUGGAGGGAAAGCAGAAGAGGAUUGAUAGUCUUUUCUAG